UUGUGUAGGAAUCAGUAGGAAUUGUUCUGCUGCAAAAACUUACAAAAUCGAAAUAUUCCUAAUUAUUUUUAUAAAAAAUAAACAAUUUGAAGUUAAAUAAUGACAAAUAUUCGACGAAUUUUAUAAAUUUCUCAUUUAUUGUAAGAAUGAAGCCAAUAACAGAUGAAGAGCGAGAUUAUUUGGUGCGAACAGAAUUCGAAGCCCUUUUAUACGAAGACAGUAGCGAUGAGGAAGAUGUGCAAGAAAAAACAAAUUCAGAUUUGCCAUCGGAUUCUCAUUAUCCGUCAUCGAGAAAUAAUGUUAAUCCAUCGAAUUCUGAAAGUUCAACCGAACCUUCCGAAAAUGUAAUUCUGUCAAUGAUUUGGCAAAAUGAACUUCUUGGAGCAGCUUAUUAUAAUGUGUCAAAUUCCGAGUUAUUUAUCAUGAAUGACGUUAUUGACAAUAGUAUUUUUGAAAAAGUCAAAGCUCUCUAUAAACAAGUGAAUCCAAAUUGUUUAAUUACCGUCAGUGGAUUAGCGGAAAAUUUUGUAGGGAUUUUAAAAAAUCUAACAAUUCGAGAAAAUUUAGAAGCAACAGAAGGACAAACAGAUGAAAAUUGUUGCUCUUUGAAAAUAUUAUCAAAAGCUGACAAUACAUUUGAUUACUGCUUUGCUAGAGUACAAAAUUUAAAACUCGAAGGCGAACCAUUGAAUGCUAAUUUCGAAAAGAGAAAUGCUUAUCUCAGUUCAUUUAUUAAUUUCAAUUCACGUGGCUAUAUCUACGCUUUGGGUUUACUUUUGAAAUAUCUCGAUAGAGAAUGGCAUAGAAUUUCAACGUGCGAGUCGGAGCAAGCUUUAUUUGUUAACAUCACCAAUGUCUCGUUGGGUGAUUUGAUGAUGAUGGACGAGGACUGUUACAGAUCUUUAAAUAUAAUUACCACUAGAGAUCAUCCAAGUUUUUUUAAAUUCGGAAACGAUGGAAUUAAAAAACAUACAAUUAGUCUUUAUUCUCUUUUUAAUAAUUGUCAGUCCCGUCUCGGUGCCCAAGCUCUAUGGAAGAUUAUGCAUCAUCCCACAACUGACAUUCAAGUUUUAAAGAAAAGGCAUCAAGUAAUUGAAUUUUUCCUCAAUCCCGCAAAUCAAUCGGUCGUGGAUAGUUUAAAAAGUUGUCUAAGAUACAUUUAUCGACUUUCGCCGUUAAUUAUGAAUAAAAUUUCGAUCUCACAAGCAAAAUAUGUGGAUUGGAGGAAACUUGAUCAAACGAUUUCCAAUGUCAUUCAAAUAGUCGAAAUUUGUGGACAAUAUCGCAAUGAAGUUGAAUUAUUCGACGAAUUAGUGGAAAGUGUAACGCAGACAACGUACUUGGUCAAGUACUUUAUUGAUCUUCUUGUCGAUUUUCAAAUGAGUCAAGUGAAAAAUCAGUUUGCUCUAAAUACAGGCGUUGACACCCUUUAUGACGAAUUGGCUCAUAUUUGUGACAAUUUGCCACGAACUCUGAAUGAAUGGGGAGCAAAGGAUAUACCAAAUCUUCCAGAAUCCGUUGAAUCCUGGUUAAUGGUUUACAUUCCUAAUAUUCAGUAUCUUCUUGCGAUUACUCAGUGGAAAAAUGGUCCUCCAGAUGAUCCAAAAAUUCCCGGUCUUGAAUACAAGUUUACGAUUGAAAAUGUCCAUCACUACAAAAGUCCUGCUGCGAAAGACUUAGAUGAAAAGCUCGGCGACGUAAAAGUUAAAUUAGCGAAACGACAAAACACGAUUAUGAUGAAAUUGGUUAAAUUUAUUGUACGUCAUUAUCAGGAAAUUAUAACCGCUAUUCGUCUUUGCAGUGAACUUGACGUGAUGCUGUCCUUUUUUAUGGUUGCCCGCGAUUCAAAUUACGUGCGACCUGAAAUAAUCGAGUCUCGUGUUAUUGAAAUAAAACAAGGCCGACAUCCGCUGAAAGAAUCUUUUGUGACGAAUUUCGUUCCAAAUGAUGUCUAUUCAGGUGAUGGAUACAGUCUAGUGAAAAUUCUCACUGGUCCCAAUUCUUGCGGCAAAAGUGUUUAUCUUAAGCAAAUUGCUCUUAUUGUAUUUAUGGCUCACAUUGGAAGUUACGUGCCCGCUGAUUCUGCGACCAUUGGAAUCGUAUCACGAAUUACGGCUCAAAUUAUUUCCGCAAAUAGUAUUUCGCUAUUGAAUGCGAGUACUUUUCUUCAGGACAUUCGUCAGAUAAAUAUUGCUGUGCACUCGGCGACUGGGAAUUCACUGGUAAUUAUUGAUGAGUUCGGAAGGGGAACUUCCGAAAUUGAUGGAGCCGCACUUUUGGCUUCUGUCUGCAAAUAUUUUCUCGACCUCGGAACUGAAUGUCCUCAACUUUUUAUCGCGACACAUUUGCAUAGAGUUUUUGAUUUGAUACCCAAAGGGCCGUUAAUACAACCACAGACAUUCGACUUUUUGCCACCAACCGAUGAGAGAGAAAUUGUAUUUCUCUUUAAAUUAAUAGAGGGAGUUUCAAAGCUAAGUUUUGCUAACGCUGUCGCCAAACACGCUGGUUUGAAUUCUGAUAUUUUGAAACGAGCAACUGAGAUCUACAAUAACCAGAAGCAAAACAAACUGACACCAUUAGAGAAACCGUCUCGAAAAAACACAGCACAUUUGAUUGUACAGAGAAUUGUUAAUUCUAAUGUGAGUACAAUUAAUUUAGAGGAUUUAAAAGUUUGGGCUAUGGAUACUGUAGGAUGUACAGAGAAGCAAUUCAGAGAUGAUGAUUCUAAAUCAUCUUCUUCAAAUGGUGGUACGAAAUAAUAAUUUAUCCGCCUUACAGAGACGAGAAAUUAAGUUUAAGUUUUUAUUUAUAAUUUAAGUAUUUAUUUAAAGAACAAUUUACCAGAAUAU